ACAGAUCUAUCAAAAGCUGACAUAAUAUUCUGUGAGUCAUUGGUGGGUUUUCCAAAAACGAACUUUCGAUUUGCUGAAAGCGAGGGCGCUACCUGCUGCCUGGGCCACACAUUUCACGCUCAACAAUUCCAGUUAACUUCACCAGUUGAUGUUAAGAUUCGGUGAAAGGGCUCAUCUCGUGAUGAGUGAGUGAAUUGGGGUUGACGCUAGUCUGAACCGCAUCCACUGUCAGGUCACAAGGUGCUACGGUCACAAUGGCUGACAACAUUAGUGGCUCCGUGGCAAGCUACCUGAGUUUACGGAGGGAUCCACUAGCUCAGCUCAGUUCUCUGAUGAAACUGGCAUCGGAGGAGGAAUUGACCGAGCUUACUAAUGAUGACCGGUUUAGUUCCAUCACGUCAGAGGAUGACUUUAUCAUUCUUGAUGAAGAGGAGGAGGAUCAGCAACAGUUAACCCUUAAAAGGACGUCGAUAAACACCUCGGUUUGCACAGACUCGGUACAACAGGCAACAUCGUCUGAUAUUCCGCCUGACAGGAACGUGGGCAACAAAAACGACACGGUGCAAAGCAGUCAUGAAAUACCUCUUUCACCAAUACAGCAGAAAUUCCUCCGAGAUCGAGAAUCAGCAAGGCACACUCUAUGCAGUAAACUGGAAAGGAAAGGGUUCGGGGCAACUUUCAAUUUCCAACAACGCCAGGUCGACAUUGAGUCCAAAGGAGAAAACAGACAUGAGGAAGCUCUGGAAUUAAUCGAGGGCUCGGUCAUUGAGAUAAGACAGAACAUAAGCAGCGACCUACUGGAGCAGAUGUCCCUAGUGGUUGAUAUUGCGGACGGGGAACAGACCGUUUUGCCGGAGUUGCCCGGUGCCGAGGAUGUUCUUGCCGUCAUUGAUAAGACUAGCGGAAGUAUGACGUUUGUUGGCAUGGCAGACACUAUCGAUUGUUUGAAAAAAACUAUUACUAAGUCAAUCGAACUGUUGGACAAAAGAAACAAAAACCAAGAAGAACAAGGGGCAUCUGCAUCACUUCAUGGGGAUAAUGAACCAGGAGGCACAUCAGCUCCAGAACAGACAUCUCUCCACUCGCGUCUUUGCAACACUCCAAGAGAAGAACACCAAGCUGUUGACCCUGCUCCAAUUAAGGACUUUGUGCCCGUUAAUGAUGACUGUCUGGAUUAUUUAUGCCAGUUUAAAGAGGAUGAGAUACGGUCGAUUGGAGAGAAGGAAGGUGUGAGCAUCAGUGACACUCCACAAGGCUACGAGGUCCGAGGUGCUGCGACAGCAGUUGGAAGGGCCGUGGUCACACUGCGUAAUACUGUUGAAAGAGUGAAGAGCAACAAGUUUACUUUUGAAACCUCAGUCAACAUUGGGAAGUUCGCUGAAGCUACUAGAAAUGCCAGCACAAACCAUAACUGCAUUAUUGGGUACAAGCAGACGAUUGGUUCAGUGAGAGGCAGGAGGAGGGCACAGACACAACCCAUGGCAUCGUCCACCACAGGAAAACAAAAAGUCAAAGUUACCGUGGUCUUGGAUAGGAUAGAAAAUCAGAAUGCGAAUGUGAUAGUGAACACCACAAACAAGGAGCUGAAGUUGAGUCAAGGCCACGGUGUGUCCCACAGCUUGCUCCGGGUGGCUGGAGAUGAGAUACAACAGGUUCUGACUGAUAUUUACCCCCACGGCAUGACCUACGGUGACCUAGCCGUGAGCCACAGCGGACGCCUCACAACCUGUGAAAAGAUCUACCAUGGAGCACUUCCGCAUCACACCGGAAUAAAGGAUAGACUGGCUCUUUCCAAGUGUUACGAGUGGCUGGUGUCUCUGGUGUUCCGAUGCCUCAUCCAGGCAAGCAAGGAUGGGUUUGAGACAAUUGCACUGCCAGCGUUCGGUACAGGGGCCCUCCGGUAUCCUACCAAGAACGUUGCACAGCUCAUGUAUCACGCUAUUGAUCUAUUCACCCAAGACGAGAGAGCAGGGCCACUGAAAGAGAUUUUCAUAGUUAUCUCCCGUGAGUCAAGGCUGGAAGUGAAACAGCUGUUUCUCGCUCAUCGCCUGUCCCACAAGCUCAAGACAAGGCAAUUGGCUCAUCCUAGAACAGGAUGGAACCCGCUCUUAAUGUUAAUACCUUUUUUACACCCGGUUACGGUCGGAAAGGGAUUUCGGUUUACCUGCCUUUUUAAAUGAAGAGGUAGGGAAACGGGACUCCAGAUGUGAGGUUAGGAUCAUGGUGUCCGACACGCUUGUCCAGAUUAUCAACGGAGGUAUUGCAGAGGCGUGUGACGUCACAGGGGCACUGCUCUUGA